GAGACAUGGUUCAAUGCCACCACCCAUUCUCUCCCUCUAACCACUCCCUGUCCUUCAACAUUGCGACCUGCCAUAAGUGCGCCUGGCAGUGCAUCUUCCCUGCCGUCUGCCGCCGCAGAGUAACUGAAUGGUAUUGCCUGUCUUGCGCCUCAAUAACCACCGAUUAGGGUGGGAGCAGCGCUGUUAAGCCCGAGGUUGUAACACCGCAACUCGGCAUAGCCGAACGGGGUACCCCAGCAUGCGCUGGGAAUAUGACCAAGUCAUAUUACAUGUCUAUGUUAAAAGGUAGUGUCUGGCAAUUCAUUCCGACUGAGAACAUCCGCGUCAUCGCAAACCAGUAUGCAUCCCCCGUCCCCGUUCAUCCGUUCUCUGUGCCUGCGCUCAAUAGCGCUUGCGCUGCGUUCAUGCCAUGGCCCGCGCAUGGCAAACCGAUGCCCCUCUGUUCCUUUCCAUAUCACCGGAUGCCCAUCCUUCUCGACAAGCAGUGCUAGAGUCAGCGCUUACUCUGACUGGGCCUCGGCAGACGCACGCUCCGCCGCUGACGGCCUGCUGUCAAAAUGGACCUCGUCCUCGGGCCAGCCCGCGACUGUCUACACGCAUGAAAUUGGCCGUACCCAGGUCCAGCUCCUUCGCAUCACGCUUGAGGAGAUCCUCCCCCUUUCCCAAGAGCCAGCGCGGUAUCUCCAGCAGCUUCUGCGCGAACAGCCAGAGAGAGGCACACCCUUACUCCCAGCGGAGCACCUUGUCUUCUUCACUCCACGUGUGCUCAGCUCUAACCUCGGCGAGGAUGGUACCGACACAUCAUUCAACCCCUCUGGCGGUGUAUUCACGCGCCGCAUGUGGGCUGGCGGCUCUAUGGUCUGGAACCUAACCGACGGCAACAUCCUUCGAAUCGGCGACGAAGUCACCGAGACUACGUACAUCGAAAAAGUGGACAUCAAGCAAAAGCGCGGAGACAAGGAAAAUGAGAUGUUGGUCGUUUGGCUGCGGAAGGAGUUCGCCAACAAGGAUGGCCUCGCCUUGACGGAUCGAAGGAGCUGGAUCUUCCAACGUGCACUUUCGUGCACAAACCCACCGCCAACACCCCUGCCGGUCGACGUCGAUGCGGAGCGGCGGCAGCUGUUAUCGCCCUCACUGCCGCCAGCAGCAUUGGCAAGUAGGCUGCAACUCAAGCAAGCAGAGCUUUUCCGCUACUCGGCUCUCACCUUUAACGGCCACGCCAUUCACCUUGAUCCGGACUGGUGUCGCAAGAGGGAAGGACACGCUGCGGUAGUUGUGCACGGGCCGCUCAAUUUGACGCUGCUCUUGCGCAAAUGGAUGCUUGAGACAGGAAAUGUAGAAGCAGUCAAUGGCGGGGUCACCUCGGUCGAUUAUCGCGCAAAGAAACCGGUUUAUGCUGGCCAGACGUAUUGGCUGCAGAUGGAAGCUCAGAGUGGUAAGAAGGGUGAAGACGUGAUGCAAGCUGUCAGGCCAGACGGAAGCGUCAUCAUGGAGGCACGUGUAUCCGGAAGUCAUAAACAAUAGCAUGCAUUUCUUUGUCGA